CUUGUCCCGAGGGGCCGCGAGCGGCAGCAGGUCCGGGAGCAGCAGGGGCAGCCGCUUGCCCAGACAAACACAAGGCUCCCUCCUCCGGCUGCUGCUGCUGCUGCUGGGGACACGUCAUGGGGAAUAAAUAAAUAAAUAAAUCCACUCACCCAGUGGCAGUGAGAGGAGCCGGCGGCGGCGGCGGGAUUAGAUCCAGCCCACCCAGCCCAAGCUAGAGACCAGCCUUGCUUGAAAUCAGACAAAGCCUGACAAUGCCGCCAGCUACAACAGCACCACAGUACGCACCCCCAGAUGGAGGAUGGGGCUGGGUUGUGGUCUUUGGGGCUUUUAUCUCCAUUGGAUUUUCCUAUGCAUUCCCAAAAGCCAUCACAGUGUUCUUCAAGGAAAUUCAAGAGAUCUUCCACACAUCAUAUAGUGAAAUAGCUUGGAUAUCAUCGAUUAUGUUGGCUGUUAUGUAUGCAGGAGGUCCCAUAAGCAGUAUUUUGGUGAACAAAUAUGGUUGCCGGCCAGUGAUGAUGGCAGGAGGUGUAUUGUGUUCAUUUGGAAUGAUUGUUUCCUCUUUCUGCAGUAGUGUCCUGGAGCUUUACAUAUGCGUAGGAAUUGUUGGAGGUCUUGGCUUAGCCUUCAACUUGCAGCCUGCCUUGACUAUGAUUGGCAAGUAUUUCUAUAAGAAGCGGCCCAUUGCUAAUGGACUGGCCAUGGCUGGAAGUCCAGUGUUUCUAAGCACACUAGCACCUCUCAAUCAAUUCCUCUUUAAUGCAUUUGGAUGGAAAGGAAGCUUUCUCAUUCUGGGAGGACUUCUUUUGAACUGCUGUGUGGCUGGGUCACUUAUGAGACCUGUUGGACCAAAACCAGUCCCUCCUGUGAAAAAAGAUGUCGAGAAGGGAGCAGAAGUUUCAGCCUUACACAUGAAUAACAAAAAGAAGUCAUGCUGGCAAACUGUGAAUAAAUACUUAGAUCUGUCCCUCUUUAAACACAGAGGGUUUCUGGUUUAUUUGUCAGGAAAUGUUAUUAUGUUUGUUGGCUUCUUUGCCCCAAUAGUAUUCUUGGCUCCUUAUGCCAAACACAAGGGAAUUGAUGAAUAUUCUGCUGCUUUUUUGCUCUCUAUUCUAGCUUUUGUAGACAUGUUUGCUAGGCCUUCAAUGGGACUUGUAGCAAACUCCAAAUACAUCCGGCCAAAAAUCCAGUACUUCUUUAGUUUUGCUGUCUUGUACAAUGGCAUCUGUCAUAUCAUGUGCCCACUGGCAGAGGACUAUACAGGCCUGGUGGUAUAUGCUGUACUUUUUGGAUUUGCUUUUGGAAUGGUUAGCAGUAUCCUUUUUGAGUCGUUGAUGGAUCUCGUUGGUGCUGCCCGGUUUUCCAGUGCUGUGGGACUUGUCACAAUUGUGGAGUGCUGCCCUGUUCUCCUAGGCCCCCCUCUAGGAGGUUGGUUAGUGGAUAUAACUGGAGAAUAUAAAUACAUGUACAUUGUCUGUGGAUCGAUUGUGAUUGCGGCAAGUAUUUGGUUGUUCAUUGGCAAUGCCAUCAACUACAGGCUUUUGGCAAAAGAGAAGAAGUUAGAAGAAGAAAAACAGAAAGCAUUAAAGAAUGCUGAUCCCAAGGAAGCAGAACCUUUGACCAACAAUGAGAAUGAGGAGGCUGCCAACAGGUCUGACAAAGUACUCAAUGAUUCUUCGGAAAGGGAAACUAAUAUUUAAUAUGAAAUAUGCCUCAGACGUCAAUGUUUUUUACUUCCAUUACAAGUAUUUUGUCAAGUUACAGGCCAGGUUUUGUAGUAAUAAUGAUCAGUCACAAUAUUGGAUAAGAACAGAAAUUUGCCAAAGCCGAGAUUCCAAAUAAAUUACCAUUGACAGUUUGUUUUUUUAUUUUGGUGAUGAGAAUUUUAGAUUUCAGAGACAGUGACUCCAUGCGCAUUAGUCCAAUCCAACCCUAACUGUGGACAGUGUGGGUCAGGUAGAAUUAAACUUUAAGCUCCUCCACCACAAAUUACCUUGUUCCAAAAUAACUUCUAAUGCAACAGUAUCUGUUUAGUCGUGUUACAGAAGCCAUCUGUCUUAACCCUCUGAACUGCCAGUGCCUGUUGACUUCUACUCACCACCAUAUUUUGGCCUCGAAUAUUAAAGAAGGAUAUCAGAUUAUGGGUUAAGAUCUGAAAAGGAAGACAAAAUACUGAAAUGGUCUGAGUAAAGUGCAUAAGAAACUGCCUACCCUUUUAUAAUGUAUGCCCACUAGAUCAAAAGGAUGUAUUUAUACAUAUAACUGGAAUGUGGCUGUAAAAGAUAAGGUUAGAAGAUAAAAAGGUAGAUUUUUUUAUUGCUAAAAUGCAAUAAAUGUUUCAUUAUAAUAAAUGCAAGUGUUUGUUUCCAGUGAUAGCUAGUCACAUGUUUAAACAUUUAGUUUUGAACUAUGAGAACACUCAGGCUGCAUUAAUAUAAAUUAGCUUAAAAAGCCAUUUGUAUUAAAAAAAAAUAAAGAUAAACAUGUCAGUGGUACAUAGGUUGUAAGGGUAGCUACCAUUUCAUUCAUCAGAUACGAAGACUUAAAUUAACAAGAGGGACUAACUGGUUCAGGGGAUUAGAAUGAUUCAGCUUUUUAUUUCUAGCGACCUAAUCCAAUACCCAGGGAAGUCAAAGAGAGUCUUUCCAUUAACUUCAGUGGACUUUGGAUCAAUUAGUCCUUUGGUAAUUUGUUCUAAUCACAGCCAUAUGUUUAUUCACAGAAGGUCAUUAUCCUUUGAUAGCCUAUGUGAAAAGAAUUUUAAGAUGUAACCUAGGGUCCUUGUGCACAGGUAACCUCAUUACAAUUCCCAUCUACCCACCCGACACAUUAAGCUUAAACUAACUCCUUUGUUGAGUGUAUGAGCAGAAAGGCCAAAAACUGAACUCGCUGUAAAACAAUUGAGACAUGUUGGCAGCGCAGGGUGGGAAACGAGGCAUUGCUCCUAUCUGUGGUACACUUUUCUUUUUUGUAUUGGAUUUUGGUCUUGUACCUACAGUAGUUCAUAAAUACUCAAAUUCAAUUUCAAUUGAAAACAUUACAAUUUUUUUCUUAAAGGAGGACAAAAUACAAACAAAUACUAAACAGCAUCUGUGUAUGAUUACUCUUGAAAGCUAAAACUAAAAGCUAAUUCCACACUUGCAGAAGUUUCAAAGUGAUGGUGUGUUAAAUGAAAAUAUUUCUGUUUUAUUUAGGUGAGUAAGGGAAGCUGCUAUCCAUAAAUCUUGAAGGGAGGCACCUACAUAUAAAUGCAUCUGAAAUCUUGAAAAUUAAGGGUCUGAUUCAUGCAACAUUUAUGAAUGAGUUUUGCACCACUCACACAUGAUUCAGGAAAACAUACUAUUGUGCAGUUAAUUUGACCCUCCCCCCUUUUUUUAACCUCUGAAAGGUGUGAUCAUGUUAAAUAUACUGAUAAACUAAGCAGAAGGGGAAAUCCCAAUUUCUCAGAUAAAAUAAGUAAAGAAAUCUGUGAAAAAUUGGCAGAUGUGUGUGCAUUUAAGGUAGAUUUGCCCCAGGACUCAUGUUCAAUUUGAUUAUUUACAUCAGGUUUUUGUUUUUCUUUUGAUGUGCUAUUAUAUUUAAUGUACAAUGAAUUGCCAUAGCAGAUGCAACACUUUGUCGUUCCUUUCAAGACUCAGCAUUGUUUUCAAUAAUGUAUUGAAUCCACUUCUAGUGCUGUGCAGAAAUGUAAAUUGACAUUUACCAAUGCUCUUGCAGCAAUGCUGGACCAUUUUGAGAAAAAUCUUGUGAUUUUAUAGGAAUCUCUGCAGUGUUUAAUGCACAAUAGAAGCAAAUCUUGCAGAGAAAACACCUAUUAUUACUCAGUUUGGACUGGAUUGAAAGUAGGCUCAGUGCUGUGUAACGGGCAGUCAUAGUUGUGUCACCACAGGGCUCGGUCACAGUUCCUGCCCUGCCUUGUCUUGCUUCAGGGAGAACAAAACAUUGAAAUAAGUAAAACUGUGCCUAUGGGCCACAUUGUGGCAUCCUUACUUAUGCUAAGAAGUACCUUACUCCUCAAGUAGUACCAUCAGCAACUUUCCUUAGUGUUCUCCAUUCUUCUGGGGGCCCAAAUUCUGGGAAAUGCUAAGCAACUCUCUCUUUAUUUAUGGAAGUGAAGGGUGCUUAGUACAGUAUCUCUGACAGCUCUCAGCACCUUGCUGGAUGAGGCCCUUCGAUUCUAUGAUUAGUGACAAAUGGGCCAUUUGUCAUUUUCCUUAUUAAUAUUUUCUCCCUCCAUUUCCUUACAAAACUACUAACCAAAGUAGUCCUAAGGUGUAAUCUAUAGGAAAAAGGUGUUUUUCAUCUUUAUGAAUGGCAACCUCUCAGUACUGGUAGCAAAUAGACAAGCCCUUUGCUUGGUGAAACUGACUCCUGCAGCACUGGACCGUAGUUCUCAGAAUAAAUAGGAGGGAAUUGCUCUCCUAUAGUAGUUACGUUAGCGCUGACCUCAGCCUCUUUUUGUCUGACCUCAGCCAUAGCAUUUGUGCCCCUCAAUGCAUGCCACUUUGGGCCUCAUCUUCUUCUUGCUUAUACCGGGUUAAUAUAAGAAUAACACCACUGAAAUUUUAAAGGAGUGUGAGAAUCAGGCCCACUGCACUAUGCAGUGGUGUUUCUCCGAUGAUACUAUUUGGCUACAU